AUGUCGCACAUCCUCGAUGCUGCGACCAAAGGGAGAUGGGAGCGCACCACCGCAGCCAAGAGAGCCGUGUUCAUCGCAGCGGCCGCCUACGGACUCAAGACCCUGUACCCCAUCAUCUGCAGACGGAUAAAGAAGCGCAGUGAGCCGCUGUCUGAUGGAGCGAAUGGAGCGCUCUCGAACGGCUCUGUCUGCUCACGGAACACGCACAGCAACAAGAAGGCAUCCCCGGGAGUCAACGCAGAGUUUUUUAAUCAGAUCCUCGAGCUUGGAAAGAUCCUGUUUCCCAAGCUAUUAUCAAAAGAAUUGGCUUUACUAUCGCUGCAUUCUGUGGCACUUAUAUCCAGGACGUUUCUGUCUAUUUACGUGGCCAGUUUAGACGGGAAAAUAGUCAAAACUAUAGUGGAAAAGAAGCCUAAGCGUUUCAUCUGGCAGCUGAUCAAAUGGCUCCUCAUCGCCAUCCCGGCCACGUUCGUCAACAGCGCCAUCCGCUACCUGGAGUGCAAACUGGCCCUGGCCUUCCGCACCCGGCUGGUGGACCAUGCCUACCGCACCUACUUCACCGAGCAGACCUACUACCGCGUCAGCAACAUGGACGGCAGGCUGGCGAACCCGGACCAGUCUCUCACAGAGGAUGUCAUGAUGUUCUCCCAGUCUGUGGCCCAUCUCUACUCCAACCUGACCAAGCCGAUCCUGGACGUGGUGCUGACCUCUUACACGCUCAUACAGACGGCCAGGUCUCGAGGGGCAAAUGCGUCCGGGCCCACGCUCCUGGCCGGGCUUGUGGUGUUUGCAACUGCCAAAGUUCUCCGGGCCUGCUCCCCGAAGUUUGGGAAGCUGGUGGCAGAGGAGGCACACAGGAAAGGCUACCUGCGCUAUGUCCACUCCAGGAUUAUCGCCAAUGCAGAGGAGAUAGCGUUCUACCGGGGACAUAAGGUGGAGAUGGCGCAGCUGCAGAAGUGCUAUGGUGCGCUGGCUGAGCAGAUGCACUUGAUCCUGUCCAAACGUCUGUGGUACAUCAUGAUCGAGCAGUUCCUCAUGAAGUACGUGUGGAGCAGCUGUGGCCUGGUCAUGGUGGCCGUGCCCAUCAUCACCGCCACGGGCUUCGCAGACAACGCUAGCGUGGAUGGGCAGCCUCAGGUGAUGGUGAGCGAGCGCACUGAGGCCUUCACAACAGCCCGGAACCUCCUGGCCUCUGGAGCCGACGCCAUCGAGAGGAUCAUGUCUUCCUACAAAGAGGUCACAGAGCUUGCGGGGUACACGGCCAGAGUACACAACAUGUUUGCUGUGUUUGAGGACGUGCAAAAGGGCAUUUACAAACGUUCGUCGCUCACAGAAACUGGCGGGCCGGAGAAGAAGACCAAGCCUGGCAUGCACAUUGACGGGCCUCUGGAGAUCAAGGGGGAAGUCAUUGACGUGGACCAAGGCAUUGUGUGUGAGAAUGUGCCCAUCAUUACCCCAAAUGGAGAUGUGGUCGUGUCCUGUUUAAACUUUCAGGUGGAGGAGGGAAUGCACCUGCUGAUCACCGGCCCAAACGGCUGUGGGAAAAGCUCACUGUUCCGGAUCCUGAGCGGUCUGUGGCCCGUGUACGGAGGCCGCCUGCACAAGCCCUCCCCUCAGCACAUGUUCUACAUCCCCCAGAGGCCCUACAUGUCCAUGGGCUCUCUGAGGGACCAGGUCAUUUACCCGGACUCUCUGGAGGACAUGACAGCCCGCAGCCUCACGGAUAAAGACCUGGAGGCCAUCUUGGACAUCGUCAACCUCAAUCAAAUUGUUACCAGAGAAGGAGGCUGGGACGUGGAGUUGGACUGGAAGGAUGUGCUGUCUGGAGGAGAGAAGCAGAGGAUGGGGAUGGCCCGUAUGUUUUAUCACAAGCCUAAGUAUGCCUUACUGGACGAGUGCACCAGUGCCGUCAGCAUCGACGUGGAGGGGAAGAUCUUUCAGGUGGCCAAAGACGCCGGCAUCUCCCUGUUGUCCAUUACACACAGGCCGUCGCUGUGGAAGUACCACACCCACCUGCUGCAGUUCGAUGGGGAGGGCGGCUGGCGCUUUGAGCAGCUGGACACGGCCACCCGCCUCUCCCUCACUGAGGAGAAGCAGCGCCUGGAGUCCCAGCUAGCCGGCAUCCCCGAAAUGCAGCUCCGCCUCAACGAACUCUGCAAGAUCCUGGGGGACGACUCGGUGCUCAAAACCACACAGGAAUGA